GUGACCAAAACAGAAGCUAAUUGCCAUUUUUUAUUGUUACUUUGUAAAACCCUUAAACCCCGGAUUUCUCUGGCUUUUACUCCAGUACCUCAAUGAACAUGGCCAAACGCGAAAUAGAAAUCCUACGAGGGCAUGAGCUAAGGCUCCUUCGCUGCACCCUCUGUCAACCUCCGUCUGAUCCUUCUUCUCACCUCCAACCUUCUGGUUUCGCUGCUUCCCUUCCUCCUCUCCACGCUCUUAUCUCCGACUUCCUCACUUCCGUCGAGUCCGGGAACUACCUUGGGGCCCUUUCCUCGGACGCCGCACGACUCGUCCUUGCCUCCCCCGACUCCGACCUCUCUUCUCUCUCGCCUGACCGAGUUUACUCCGACUUACUAGACCGAGUCGAAUCAUUCAUCAAUGAACCUUCCAUUGACGAUGCGGAAAAAGCUUGUAGGAUUUUUCUUGUUGUGUGCGUUGCUGUGGCCGCUUUAUUCUGGUUCAUUCAAUGCAAUUUGACUGGGCCGGUGAAUAGGUUACCAAAGCGUCCACUACCAAUGAAAGUAUGGUGGGAAGGAAGUGAGAUGGUGGAAUGGGAAAAUUGGGCGAGGAAUCAACUCAUGGCUGCUGGCUCAGACUUGCUUGGCAAGUUCUGUUAUCUUCAGUACAUAGUUUUUGCCAAAAUGUUGCUCCUGAAGACAAGUGAUCUACUAUUUGAAGCAAGUUUCAUGUCCACAUUUAAGAUCAGGAGCAUUUCAUGGUGGCUGUUUAGAGCUUUACUUAUUCAUCAACAAAUUUUGGAUGAGCGGUCUUCUUCCCUUUUUGAGUUAUUGCAAGUAUUUAAGGGUGAAACUUUAGGUCAUUUUGGAAGUUUGGAAAAAGUGACAAGUUACUGGGGUGCUCAAUUACAAGAUGGGGAAGCAUCUACAAUUGUUUCAAUGGUUCAUUUAGAAGCAGGGGUGCUAGAAUAUAUUUAUGGCAGACUUGAUCCUUGUAGGCGAGAUUUGGAGUCAGCUGAAAUGGCAGCUGGUCUUCAGCUCUCUGUUACUGGUAUUCUUGGCUUACGUACUGUACAUCAGGUAGAACCAAAGGCACAAAUGAUAUUGGUUGCAAAUACAAGCUCGAAAUCAGUAAGCGGUGAUAUAAACACUUCCAUAGCUCCUGACACGCAAUUGACUGGUCCCAAUGUCAGUGAAGCAUCUGACAUAUAUAUGACCCCAAAGCUGGUAGAGAAUGGUAAUGGUUUUGGAAAGAAUGAGUGUGGUUGUGUUGUGUCCACUUUAACAACAGCCCAGCAGGCAGUGGUUUUAGCACAAUGCCUGCUGAUUGAGAAGAGUAGUCCGCAUGGUGAAAUGCAAGGUUGGGAUAUGGCUCCAUAUAUUGAGGCGAUUGAUUCUCAAAAAUCAUCAUACUUCAUUUUGAAGUGCUUCUGUAACAUAUUACGAAUUCGUUGGGAGUCAACUCGCAGUCGCACCAAGCAGCGUGCUCUAGAGAUGAUGUAUAACUUGGUUGAGAGUAUUCAUAAGCCUUCACCUGGGGUUCCACUGAGGCUUCCUUUUUGUUUUUCUGUUUAUAUCCCGACAAUUCCUGCUCUUCGGAAGCAAUAUGGUGAUAUUUUAGUUAGUUGUGGCUUGAUUGGAGAGGCGCUUAAAAUCUUUGAGGAUUUAGAGUUGUGGGAUAAUCUAAUAUACUGCUACAGCAAAUUAGAGAAGAAAGCAGCUGCUGUUGAACUCAUCAAGGAGCAGCUGUCUAGGAGGCCAAAUGACCCAAAGUUAUGGUGUUCAUUGGGUGAUAUUACACAUAGUGAUGCCUGUUAUGAGAAAGCCUUGGAAGUUUCAAAUGAUAGGUCAGCACGAGCUAAGCGGUGUCUUGCCUAUAAUGCAUAUGGAAGAGGAGAGUAUGAGAAAUCUAAGAUCCUAUGGGAGUCUGCCUUGGCCUUGAAUUCGUUGUAUUCAAAUGGAUGGUUUGCACUAGGUGCUGCUGCAUUGAAGGCUAGGGAUGUUGAAAAAGCCCUUGAUGGUUUUACUCGUGCAGUGCAACUUGAUCCUGAAAAUGGAGAGGCUUGGAAUAAUAUUGCUUGUUUGCAUAUGAUUAAGAGGAAGAGCAAAGAGUCCUUUAUUGCCUUCAAGGAGGCCUUGAAAUAUAAACGAGAUAGCUGGCAGAUGUGGGAGAACUACAGUCAAGUUUCUUUUGAUGUUGGCAAUAUUGGUCAGUCUCUUGAAGCUAUUAAGAUGGUGUUAAAUAUGACCAAUAAUAAGAGAAUUGAUGUUGAAUUGCUCGAGAAAAUCAUGCAAUAUCUGGAGGAAAGGACUUCAGCAAGACUGCCUGCUAUAACCAAUGAUGAUGAUCUUCCCAGUCAGACCAGUUCUGAUUCAAUUCCAUGUUCUGUUAAUCCAUCUGCAAAUGCUGAGAAGAAUGCGGGAAGAUUGAGAGAAAAUGAGCAUUUGUUGGAAUUUCUUGGAAAAAUUCUACAACAGAUAGUUCGGAGUGAAAGUCGGCCAGAAUUGUGGGGCUUAUAUGCAAGGUGGCACAGAAUUAAAGGUGACCUCACAAUGUGCUGUGAAGCACUCUUAAAGCAAGUUAGAUCAUAUCAGGGAUCUAAUUUGUGGAAAGAUGAAGACCGGUUUAAAAGCUUUGCACAGGCCUCAUUGGAUCUUUGUGAGGUUUACAUGGAUAUUUCUUCCUCUACCAAUAGUCGUCGAGAACUACAUACUGCUGAGAUGCACUUGAAGAACACUCUAAAACAGGCUGGGAUAUUUUCAGACACCGAAGAAUUCAGGAAGCUUGAAGCUUGCCUUGAUGAAGUAAAGAUAAAGCUCCAGGCAGAGACUACAGCUAGUUAAAAGUCAGAACUCAGAAAGUUUGCAGGAUUUACUUUCUACUUCUGAGGGUAAGCUUGCAGCCUUCUUUUAUCACUAUGUGAAUUUAUGUUUUUGGUUUAGGCUAAAUUUUUGCAGUUGUAAUCAGUGUUAUCAGGAUGUGCGCCUGGGCGUGCUCAUGUUUUGUGUCUUAGUGCUAGAAAACAAAGGUGCCAUGGCCCUAGGUUCUUUUUAUUUUAAUUGAUAGGCAUAAUUGAAGUUCAUUAUUUUAUUGGAUGUACCUUUACUAGUAAGAUAAGGGAUAGUACUUGUUAACACAUGCACAGAGACAUUUAUACAUAUUGCAUCUUCACUCUAGUGUUUAUUUAUUUUAUAUUUUUGGCCACGGGCAAUGUAAGGGUUUUAGUGCUUGGAUUGCACCUUGAGCUCUCAACAACACUAGUCGUAAUCAUAGAUAAGCAAGCAGUAGUACAUCACUUGCUGUUUCACGUUAUGCUUUUUUCUUAUAGGAACUCAAAUGGCUGAUAAAACAACGGCUAUACAACUCUGCAAGUUAUAUAAAUGGCCUAAUUUCUCCUUCCUGUUUGCUUGGGCUCUGAGUUUAAGAUGUGAAAGUCGAUAGUCAGAGGAAGAAAAGGAAAGAAUAGUUCCCUUUCUAACUAAAACAAAAUUGUUUCCUAAUGCACUCAGGUUUUACCAGGUGGAGGAUUUUAUUUAAGAAAAAGAAUGAUAUUUUGAAGAUGCUAUGCCUAUACGUUUAGAAAUUCGAUAGUCUUGUAAAACCCAAAAUUUAGUCUCUAAGUUGUAUCAUACCCUGUUUGUUUAUUUUAGGAUUAAAUAUGUUAUUUUAAUUUAGUAAUCUGAUAACCUAAUUCAAUUUUCCCCUUA